UUGUACAUGCACGGUCGUGUUUACCAAAAUACACAAAUUUCUCGGUGGGAUGAUGAGUAUGACGAUCCCGAGAGUUCGUCAAGCAAAGAAAUUGAGCAGUUGACCGAAAUGCUAACGGAGGCACUGAAGAAUGUCUCAGAGACAUUUUUCAGUGCUUUCGAGAUCGUACGGAUGGAGUUAUUCAACGUCUGUUCGUCUGUUGGCGCACGUGUGACCUUCAAUAUUGAAGCGCCCAAAUUCCCAUGGGAAGAAAUUGAUGCUGUUUUUGAAGAGAUCAACCAUAAAAUUUUCGAUAUUGGUUUGAGACUUUGUUCAUCCGGAAAGUUAACAUUUUUACGAAUCGGUGAUGCGGACACUCUAUGGGGCAUCCGAAAGCAGACACAUUUGUAA